AUGGAUGCACUAAUAUUAGAUGAACAAAUAAGGAUUUAUGCCUUAUUACCAAUAUUUGUAAUUGUUGUUUUAGUAUGUAUAAUAAAGAGUAACCUAGCUCAAAUGAUUCACCCAGGUCCUAAAACCGAUAUGGAAAAGUUAAGCCAGAAUAAUUAUUUAUCGAGGUUUAAUUUGUUAAAGUCUAAUAAUGGAUUGCUCAGUCCUUUAGCUUUUAUAAGUAGAAAACUUUUUUAUAAUAAACCAGAAGUUGGCUAUUUCAAUGAUUUACCUGAACAAGCCAAUCCAUUUGAUGCUCUUUUAAAACAAGACCCAUCUGACUUAUUUGGAAUGAUGAAAAAUCAAAUACCCUUUUUAGUUUUGCAGCUGGGUUUAGGGUUUUUAAUUAAUUUAUUCUUCUCUGGAUAUUUAGUUGCAAAAAUACCCUUUCCAUUAACUUACAAAUUUAAAUCUACAUUACAAAUGGGUAUGGAUAUCGAAUUAUUAGAUAUGAAAUUUGUAUCAUCUCUUUCUUGGUAUUUUCUUGUCAUGUUUGGAUCGAGUGGUUUAAUAAGCAUUAUUGAUUAUUUUGUUCUUCAAGAUAAGGACAGAUCACAGAAUAAUGCCAUGGAUAACUUAAUGGCUACUCAUAAUCCUUUGGCAAAACAACCUGGAAAUAUGAACAAUAUACCCGACUUGAGGAAAUUCUUUAAUAAAAAGAAAGAAGAACUGGAUAAUGUGAAAUAUGAAUUUUUACUGGAAAAUAUUGAAUGUGAACUUUUAGAAAAAUGGGAAUAA